CUUGGCAACAUGAGCGGAAGAGGAAAGGGAGGAAAAGGACUCGGCAAAGGAGGCGCCAAGCGUCACCGUAAAGUCCUCCGUGAUAACAUCCAGGGAAUCACCAAGCCCGCUAUCCGCCGUCUGGCUCGCCGCGGUGGAGUGAAGCGCAUCUCCGGUCUGAUCUACGAGGAGACCCGCGGUGUGCUGAAGGUCUUCCUGGAGAACGUGAUCCGCGAUGCAGUCACCUACACCGAGCACGCCAAGAGGAAGACUGUGACCGCCAUGGAUGUGGUCUAUGCCCUGAAGAGACAGGGACGCACCCUGUACGGCUUCGGAGGAUAAACACCGACUUCUGUUACCAAAACCCAAAUGGUCCUUUUAAGGGCCACGCACUCUCUGGAGAGCUGAUGUCCUCUGAAACUAACCGUUCCUGAGUAAAAUGGUAUGAUGUCCCCUUUACCAGUAGAAGAGGGACUAGUGAAAGUAAAUUUACAAAGUGAUCUUUAAACAAUAUAAUCAAGGAAUAAAUGUAUGAAUAGAAAUGAUGGAUUUUAGAAUUUUAAAUAAUCCUAAUGGAGUUUAGUACAUGAAGUUGGGUUGAUCACCUGAGGUUUAAAAGUUUAUGUAUGGUGUGAGUCUUUUAAUUGUCUAUUUACAGUGCAUCCGGAAAGUAUUCACAGCGCUUCACAUAGCGCAACACAUGUUACAGCCUUAUUCCAAAAUGGAUUAAAUUCAUUAUUUUCCUCAACAUUCUACACACAACCCAUAAUGACAAGGUGAACUUUUUUCCAAAUCUGUUAACAAAAACAUAACCUGUACAUAAGUAUUCACAGCCUUUGUUCAAUACUUUGUUGAAGCACCUUUGGCAGCAAUUACAGCCUCAA